AUGGGACUCGGCUCCGCCGUGCGCGGUGGCCUCGGCCUCCUCAACGCCCGACACCAUGACGUCGAAAACCUGCCCGCCAACCAGACACCCUCGACGGCGCUCACUGCGCUGUGGCAACGCCCGCGCGAGAUGCCGCUCCCGCUCACCCCCUUCGCCGUCCUCCGCUCGCUGGUCCAGCUGGAAGACAUCCAGGCCCUCCUGUGGGCUUGGAUGCUCGUCGGGCUCGUCCUUCUCAUCGCCUACUGGUCCAAUCCGUCCGACUCCUCUUUCCGUCCGUUCCUGACCGACUUCACCUUCCGCGAGCGGCUCCGCUGUCUCCACGAAGGGUCCAAUGCCGAGGCCGACGCCCUGCUGGAUGCCAACAACCGCGAGGCACCCAAGGAUGGCAAGGCCUCUCCGCCGGAUGGCGCUUGUAGGAGCUCUGGUGCGGCCGGCGCCGCUUUCCGCGGCUCGCUCUUCUCCACCUCGCCCUUCGCCACGACCUUCGGCUCCCGGCUCUCGCUCUCGGUUCGGACGCCUCCGUACCUGCGCAAGGACUUUGGGAUCUUCUCCAUCGUCACUAUUUCGCACAGCAUGCCGCUCCACUACGUUGGCGCGACCGCCCACGACCUGUCGGCCACGAACAACUCGACGCCCGACGGACGCAGCGCUGCCGCCGGCGCUGCCCCCGUCGAGGCCGCGUCGGACUACACCUCUGUCUUCAUCGGCGCUUUUGGGCGGUACUGGACCGCCGUCUACGGCCUGCCGCUGCAGCGACUGUCCUCUGCCUCGUCAUUGUCGUCCUCCUCGUCUGUCCCGCGCGCCGGUCAGGCCAAGGGUCACGACCGCGAGGAGCUGGAAGAGAACCGCAACGAGCUCUCCGACUGGGGCGUGCUCGAGCUGCGCUCGGCCGAUCACGAACACGCCCUGGCCGAUCCGCUGCUGGCCCGGGGGCUGGGAAAGGUGCUGGGACAGCGCCGCGCCUCGAGCGCAUCGGACUCGCCGCUGGAACGGCACGCCGAUGCCAAGGGGACUCGGAGCAGGAGCUCCUCGCCGCACUCUGCCAACCGCGCUUCCGAUACUGCUGCCUCUGCCCCCACCGCUGCCGCUGCGUCUGGGGACUCGCCUCUGCCUUCGGCUUCGCCGCAACCACCGAGUUCGUCCGCUGCUGUCGAACCGGAAUCCUCUGAUCUGACGGCGAUGCUCGCCGCUGUGGCCGAUUCUCAGUCGGCCGUGUCGGACCUCGAGGAGCAGCUCAAACAGUUGCGGGCCAACUCGGCCAAGUCGUGCGAGGGCCUACAGGGCGAUGUCGACGAUUUGCGCGCGCGCAAGCGCGACGACGACAAGGCCCGGAUGGAAAUCAAGGCCAAGACAAAGUCGCUCGAGGAGAGCAAGAGGCAGGCGGAGCAGGCCCGGAGGGAGGCCGAGCGGCGACUCAAGGCGGCCACGACGGCGCGCACGAGCAAGCAGAACAGCAUCGCUGCCAAGAAGGACGAGAUCGAGGCGCUGCUCAAAAAGCGGGCAGGCCACCGCGCCAAGCUGCAUUCGAGCUCGACGCGAAAGGCCGAGCGAAUCGAGGAGCUCCGCUCGCUGACGACCCAAGCCCAGGACCGCCUGCGCGCGCUCAAAGACGAGGUGAUCAAGCUUCGCGGCGACGUCCAGUCGGCCGAGGAGACGCUGGCCACGGAAAAGGACAAUCUGCAGGCGGUCUACGAGGGACAGCCGCUUCGCGACCGCGAGCACGGCCGGGUGGCCAACGGAGGCCCCGGUAUCUUGCCGCUGCAGGACCUAGAGCUCGACCCGUUUGCUCCGCCCGAUGCAUCUGGCAGGGGCGUUACUCCGUAUGACGGCUUCCACGGACCCUACUUUGGCCCUCCCUCCAAGGAUCGACCUCAGCAGCAACCGCAGCUGCUGCACCAUCACCAGCACCACCAUCAGCAACACCAGCACCCUUCAAUGUUCCCCUCGGCCUCUCACUACGACCCUUUCGGAAGCGACCUGACCGAGGCCAUGGCUGGCGCUCGUGCGUUUGGACACCACGCGCCGCCGACCUUCCAUCCCGAUCGAGUCGAGGAGGGUGGGCCGAUGCCGACCAAACCUUCCGAGGGACUCGGCGCCAGUGUGCUGCGCAACGCGUUCCGCAAGGCGACGGGUGCAGCCCCCUUUGCCCCCAAAGGGUUCGACGGAUCCGCCGCUGCCGCCGCCGCCACGACCACAGCAGCCCCUUGCGCGAACGUCGUGCCGGGCGUGGAGCCCCAAGACGGCCUGGGAGGCGUGGCGGGUAGCCUGUCCAACUUUGAGGCGAUGAAGCAGGCGUUCCAACCGACGCUGGCAUCCGAGGAAGAGGGGCGACGGUCGUGGUCGGCUUUUGACGUGUGGCAGUCGGACAUGCGCGAUGCGCGCCACCGGCUGGGCUGGCCCAACGGGGUGUUGUACAACAGCAGCGCCGAUUCGCUGCCGCAGUUCCACCACCCUUCGUCGUCUUCUUCGAUGCUGGUGCCGCUGGACCGCAGCAACAGCGCCGGGCACGCCGAGGCGACCCGGGACGACGGUGCCGUUGCCGGUGCCGGUGCGGGAAACGGCAACGGCCCCGGGGGCGAUGCCGAGCAGCUGCGGAACCUGGCCAAGGUGAAGCGCGCGUUCCGGUGGCCCUUCCGCCCGAGCCAGAUCCAGGGCGAGGUCAUCUAG